UGCUCGAUAUCAUUCAUCGAAUCACCCUUUAAAGCGACGAUAAGUUCUUCUUUGAAGCAUAAAAUCAUCCGAUUCGAAUCAUCUCGAUUGCCAAUCGCCAUAUUUUGCGUUCAACAAUCGUUGACAUGUGUCAACAUGGCGAUAGACUCGAACAUUUCGAAAAAGCGAGCAAGCCUACGCACACAUAUAUGCGACUUGCCUAGAACGUCUGGCAGCAAUUUGCCUAAAUUACCUCCGAACGCGAAAUUCUACAGUCGUUGGAAGCGGAAUCUUCAAAAGCUCGUUCUUGUCUCCGCUCAGCAUCCCUUGACACGAUUAAUCUUUCGCAGUCAGGCAGCUGUUGCCUUCGAAAAAAGAAGACACUCAAGAUCACCUAAUCAAUGGAUAAUUCAUCCUUGUAGUAUGUUAAGAUUCUACUGGGAUGCGAUAAUGACUAUUACAUUUCUGUAUAUCUUCGUGAUGGUCCCGCAUAUUGUAUGCUUCUACAGAAUUGGAAGAAGUAGUGACCCUGAAUAUUGGAAUAUUGUGUAUCCAAGUUACGUCAUUUGCAUCAUCGAUAUAUUUCUUAAUUUUAUUACUGGAUAUGUGUCCUCGGAUAGAAAUGAGAUUCUUCUUGAUACUGCUUUAAUCGCACGGUGAUUCCGAUGAUUCAUGUGUGAUUACGUAUAAAUUAAUCUUACCAAAAAUCGCUCGACUCCGCUUCCUU